UAUCCCUCCUCCUUUAAAAGGUCUCUGACAAGUCUGUCUCGCCCAAAAAGCGCUCUCCGAAUGGCCGCCCUCAAAGACACAUUUAUGCCUCCUUGAACCGCUCUUGUUGUUCUAACCUCAACCCACCCUUUUUCUCCGUGUUGUGAACAACAACAGAUACAACAUGUCGUCAGAGAGCAACCAAGCCGAAGCCGAGGCUAUUGCUCCCCACCCGCAACACCCAUCGUCGCGACCGCAAGCCGGCCACCAACAACCCGAAUCCCGCGAACCAGAGCUGAGGAAUGACGGCCUACCAUCGCAGACCGGCCAAUUGACCACUCAUCUCUCUCCGAACGCUGCGCUUACCACACCUACAACGCCUACCAUCACCAGCCCCGAGAUUGCGACUGCGUCAACUCCUGUCACAACCUUGACAUCCGCGACAACGUCACCCCCGUCAGCCAACCGCCAGCGCGCAUCUACUUCUGGUCCAAUCGAGCUCGACACCGCUUUGAGCCAUCCGGGCUCUGUUCGUAUCAAUGUUGAGGGCGCAUUCAUCGUUGAGCACGGCAGCGCUUCGCCGCCACAGACACCAAGUGGAAGCAGCAGCCGCGGUGGUUCACCAAACCGUCAAGAGUCUAAGGACAUCAGACUACCGAACCACACUGCGAUAGUGAGCCAUAUCGCUGUUGAUAUCGGCGGUUCUCUGGCUAAACUGGUGUACUUCUCCCGCGAGCCUCACUCCACGGAACCAGGUGGACGCCUCAACUUCGUCAGCUUCGAAACCGACCACAUUAAUGAUUGUCUCGAGUUCAUGCGCGCCCUCAAGCACAAACACCAAAUGCUUAAUGAGUCUAACAUUGGCCCCGAGCUGUGCGUCAUGGCUACGGGCGGUGGCGCAUACAAGUUUUACGACAUGAUUCGCGACGUUUUGGGAGUCGAUGUCAUCCGUGAAGAUGAGAUGGAGUGUCUGAUAAUAGGACUCGACUUCUUCAUCACCGAAAUCCCCCGCGAAGUCUUCACCUACUCAGAAGCAGACCCAAUGAACUUCGUCGAUCCCUCUACCCACAGAUAUCCAUACCUCCUGGUAAAUAUCGGGUCCGGAGUGUCGUUCCUCAAAGUAACAGGGCCUCGGGACUAUCAGCGUGUGGGCGGUACAUCACUCGGUGGCGGUACGCUUUGGGGCUUGCUAAGUCUCCUCACCGGAGCUCGUAGCUUCGAUGAGAUGCUAGAUAUGGCAUCCAAGGGUGACAACAGUAAAGUCGACAUGCUGGUCGGCGACAUCUACGGCACCGACUACGGCAAGAUUGGCCUCAAGAGCACUACCAUUGCCAGCUCCUUCGGAAAGGUGUUCCGGUUGAAGCGACAAGCCGAGACGGAAGCCGAGGAUAGCGGUGGACUUAGCCCGGUCGACGUUGACGAGGUGCAAUCUAGCGCCGCCGAGGCCGGCGAUCCCUCUACAUCAUCAGCAACUUUGCCUGGCAACAAGCAUUUCUCGAGCGCCGAUGUCUCGGUCUCCUUGCUGUACGCGAUCAGUAACAACAUUGGACAGCUCGCUUAUCUGCAGAGCCAGAUACACGAACUCAGCAACAUCUACUUCGGCGGGUCCUUCAUCAGGGGACACCCGCAGACCAUGAACACGCUCAGCUACGCCAUCAAGUUCUGGAGCAAGGGCGCCAAGCAGGCUUACUUCCUCAGACACGAGGGCUACCUAGGAGCCGUCGGCGCGUUCCUCAAGCGGCAGCCUCAGAAUUGGGGCCGUAGGGGAAGCUUCGAUCAGGCUUCCGCCAUGGAAGCGCGAAUGAAUGCUCGGACGAGAACGAGGGAUGCUGACAAUGAAUAAUAUCGAUGUUUGUCACCGUCGGUUUGCCAUGUCCAGUGUCUCGAAUGGGAAUUGAGGAUAAAGAGGAAGAAAAGCGGAUACCCCGUCAUAGAGAGAAGGAUGUAAAGGUUCUUAUUCAGGUUCAAGGUUUUUAAUAUCUUCAUCGCUGGCGUUGGAUUUGUUUCUCUAUUUUCUCAGUUCGAUGGGUGUUCUCAAUCCAGAUGAUACACGACGCAAGCGCAAGCUUUUGGUUUUGGGGGGCAGCCUUUUUUUUGGUCAUAAUUGUAUGUUCUUUCUAGUAUUUGUAUCGUCAGCGCUUGACGUUGGGCGACCCAUUUUGUUAUGAGAUACCUGGAUAAGCUUUGGAAGCAGCGCCAAUCUAGAGAAGAAACAGUCACAAUAUUCCUAUUAUUUUCGAAA